AUGCUCGAACAACAUGCCCCACAUGUGUUUGCUCUCUCAACGUCGCCACACAAGGGGCGUCCACGACCGGCUCCUCGCAGCAUCCUUAAAAAGUCUUCGUCAGAGCCCACGAGUCCUUGCUCUUCGAUAUGCUCUUGGCCACUUGCCACUCCUCCGACCAUGCCGUUUCAAUCCGAAUCGUCUGUCGCCUCGACCUAUCAACCGAGCCAAUGGUCGGUGCUCAGCAUCACCAAGGCAAAGCAGCGCAGGUCUUCAUCGAACGGCAUUUCUUCCGAUGCUCAGACAACAAACACGAGUCUUACCGUAACCCUGAUUUACACACCGACAGAGACGCUGUAUGCAUGGCCUUUCAAUUUGUCUUCACCCGAUGCUAAGGGCGUCUGUUACGAGACGUAUUCACGCGACCAGCAUGGCGGCGCUCCUCGCCUGCCUCCACAUGGAACAAUGAGCACGAGUCUUCGUGUGCUGGCAGCUGUCAUUCGCGCAUGGAUGGCGAUUCGUCGAGAACGGUCUCUACUAGCGCAACAUCGGGGAUCGACUAGCGAUGGUCUCUGUAGUCCCACCACUUCAUCGAUCGAUCGGAUCGUAGACGAUGAUGAGGUGGUGGACGAGAUCAUUGAUGCUCUUCGACUGUACCAGCUUACGCCUUUUGAGAGGUCGAUCUACUUGUUAAGGCAAGCUCUUCCCGAGCAGCCCACAGAAAAGGCUCAGCAGCCAAGCCAUCAGACAAGCGCGUCGCAAAGCGGACGUCCACAAUCGUGCUCCAGCAGCUUCAACGGUGGAUCAGACGACGACCAGGAUUGGCGUCAUCGCAGCGACUCGUUAGCGUCCAGCCGAGCCAGCACUGUCGAGACGAUCCCGGAUGACUCCCCGAGACUCAAACAAGCGUCAUCGCCCAAGCUUUCCAAAAUCAACACGGCAAUUACACCUCAAGCGCCGGAGGACCCGAGAACAGCUGUUCCCCAGAUUCGUCUGGUUGAAGCCACACCGCAGGACUCAAGAUACGAGGAACGCGAUCGCGUUCUCGAGCGAGCAGUCGCCAGCACCAGCCGCAACAACAGCGUCGGAGGGCGCUCGAUGGAUACUGUCCUCGAAGAUGCUUCCGAGGAUGCUGAGACGGAUGAAGCCACUACGAGCUCCGGUCGCAAAACGAUAAAUCUCAUUCAGAUCCAUUCCUGCGAACGUUCCGAAACAGAGGAACAAGCUGUUGGUGUGACUGCCACUGCAUUCAGCUCGCCCGUCACGCCCAGCCCGUACGCCAACAAAUUCAACUUCGAAGGUAGCAGAUUUACACCUUGUUCGUCUUCAAGAAUCUUGUUCCGCGACCCGUUCAAAGCUGAUAAGCAAUUCAAUUCCAAGCCCCACAUUCAGGUAGAGGCCAUCGAACACGGAAGCCCCGACUCGCUGUUGGGCUCCUCGAAAAUCAAGGUGUCCAAGCGCCGCUCGCUUGAUGGCCUUCGAUCUCUCUUCAGCAGCAGAUCAAAGUCUCAAUGA